AUGCGGUCUACAAUGCAUUUGAAUUCAUCAUCAGCAUACAGAUUUAGUUCAGGCAAUGAUCCAACCCACAACCCAAUGAUUCGACCCGCAACCCAAAGUAAUCUUAUUUUUUGGGAAAUUGUUGUAGCAUUUUCAAUUAUUAUUGCUUCUGCCACAUUACAGGCUUUCCAUUUUUUAAAUAAUCAGUGGCUUGUACAAUAUGAUGAAAAGUUCGAGUAUCAGAGAGGUUUAGGUGACGACUGUGUGAAAUCCGACUUAUUCGAAAAUGGCAUCAAAUGCAGUAAAUGGUCUUCAUCGUCGAACAGUUUUUUAAUGAACGGUUUCAAUAUUAAAGCCGAAAAUGUUCAAAAGCCAUCUCUUGGCCUAAUAAUUGUUCAUUUUAUCGUGAUGAUUACUACAUUGCUCUAUAUUGGAGUCAUUUUUUGUCUUUUUAUUGUUUGUGUUCGAAAGGAUCUCAGAACAAAAUAUGUUCUUUGUAUUUCUUCAUUAGUUCUCGGUAAAGGAUUUUUGUUUUCUUUUCUUCUUUUAUUGGCUUCCACGAUUUUUAACUUAAGCGCUCCUAAAAGCGACGUUCUGCGAGAUAAUCACAUGGGAAUAGAAAUAGGUCUUGACAACUUUUUUUCGCAAAAUUUUUUAAUGAAAUUUGAAUUAAUAAAUUAA